AUGGCUAGCAAAGGAAAGUUGUGCUUCAUUGUCUCGUCGAUCUUCAUCCUGCGUUUUGCUCAAGCCGCAAUUUCCUAUAGGAGUUUCACCAUCAACAUAAAUGAUUCCUUCUUGUUUCCGCUUGAUCCAUCCGGGUUGAGUGGCCGCGACGCUGAUUUAUGGUCCAACUACACUGACACGGACAUGAGCUACCAGGUGUGGAUGCUGAGCUAUGACGCCACAACACCAAGAUCGUUCUUCCUGGCACUUGUUGGAAUUCUCAAUCCAAGUAAGCCCUGGGAACUCUUAAAACCGGUGGUUCUGUGGAAGGCCCGACAGACGAGGCUUGUAGGUGAGAAUGCCACUCUACAAUUUACCACAGAUGGAGAGCUUAAAGUCGAAGAAGACGGUGAUGUCGUAUGGUCCACGAAAACUGCAAACAGAGGCGUCCGGUGGCUCUGUAUUUCCAAUCGCGCAACCAUAAUGCUCCUGGAUGAAAGCGGAAGCAAUGUCAUCUGGCAAAGCAGCGACGAACCUUCUGACACUGUGCUGUUGCAACGAGCACUUACGCCGGGACAAAAGCUCGUAAGUUGGAAUACUUCAGAAGACAGCAGCGAUGGCCUCUAUAGUCUCGUCAUGGAGAAAAACAGGCUGCAACUGUUGUACGCCUCGCAACCGUACUGGAGCUUCGGUAAUAUUGGCAGCGAGGAAAACAUGUUUGCGGUGUUUUGCUGGCAAAACGAUGGUAACGUGUCUCUGGAUCUGCGCACCGACUUCUCACAGAUUGAAACGAUGCCUGAUGAAUUGGGGUUAGUGCCUUCCCGGUCAUGUUCUAGUCGAGGUUUAAGAGACCAAGUGAUGCCGUUGAACGUAAACGGGUCACAGUUCACGUCCUCCACUUUCAUAAGGCUCACACCAGAUGGAGAUGUGGACCUGUACUCCUGGAAUUGGACGGGUAGCUACUGGGCAACUUAUCUCAGCUUUUCCAGUCUCUUCAACUGCUUCCUUCCAAGUGCAUGCGGGAAGUAUAGAACCUGUAAUCCAGUGUCAGGUGCAUGCGAGGAAACUUGUCCCGAGAGCUUUACCAGGACAGGUCGAGAUUGCCAGCCAUUGAGUAAACUUCAGACGUGUGCAGAGGACCUCGAGUAUCGAUUCGUUCGAAAGGAGGGAGCUGGUUACUUCUCCACAAAUUAUACUGAUCCACUCAAUGUUGCAUCGGAAGCAGACUGUCAAGGGCGCUGUGAGUCGAACUGCAACUGCACGGCUGCCUUUUAUAGUGACCGGAGCUGCUUUCUCGCUCAUGGAGACGUACAAUCGCUUCGAACUGGAAAAUACGUUGCGUUAUUGAAAGUUGCACAGCCACGAAAAGCAUCCAGGAAGCACGUCCAGGCCAUCACCUUGGGAGUACUUAUUCCGACACUCGUCCUUCUGAUUAUAAGUCUCGGAUGGCGCUGCCGAAGGAGCAAGAACGAUGAUGACGAGGGAGAAGAAGAAAGCACCUUGCAGCUCUCUCUCAUGGCUGGCAUGCCAAGGCGUUUUAGUUACCAAGAGCUGCAACAAGUCACAGGAAACUUCAGUGAAAUGCUUGGAAAUGGAGGAUUUGGAAGCGUGUUCAAAGGAAACCUUGCCGAUGGAAUUGAGGUCGCUGUGAAGAAACUUGAAGGCUCCAACCAGAGGAGCAAAGAUUUUUUCGCCGAAGUUGGAAUCCUAGCCAGGACGCACCACUGGAACCUCGUCAAGCUGCUGGGAUUCUGUGCCCAGGGUCCAAGGAAAAGGCUCCUGGUGUACGAAUAUAUGAGGAACGGGUCCCUCGACCGAUGGAUAUUUGAAGACGAUGAAUAUCCUGGCAAUGUGCCGUGGGGAGUUAGAUACAACAUUGCCUUGGGCACAGCAAGAGGAUUGAGCUACUUACAUGACGAAUGCGCUGAAAAGAUAAUCCACUUGGACUUGAAGCCGGAGAAUGUGCUCCUCGACGAUGGUUUCCAGCCGAAAAUAGCAGAUUUCGGACUGUCCAGGCUCAUGGACAGGAAGGAAAGCCACUUGCAGCUGACGAUAACGAGAGGCACUCCUGGCUACGUCGCACCGGAGUGUGUUCAGGAAGGAACAGUGACUGAAAAAUCGGAUGUUUUCGGCUUCGGGGUAUUGCUGCUCGAGAUCAUAACAGGUUGCAGGAGCAGGAAUCUCUCGGAUGAUUUCCUGAAGGACUACCUGUUGGUCAGUGAAAGGGACGAGAAGGCUGUUGCUCACCUCCACCAAGACGACAAGGAAAGAGAGAGAUUGAAGACCGUGGUAAGUUUGUGUGUCCGAGACGAUCCAGACUUACGGCCCUCGAUGAUGAACGUGGUACCAAUGAUGCAAGGAGUUAUUAAGCUUCCUCAGAUCCCCUCGGAGUCGCAGCUCCAGUUCUUCCUCGCUUACAGAUCCAAACUUCAGCUUAGCAGAAGCACAACCUCGGACGUACCUCAGUACAGUUCUAAUAAGUUGCUGGAACCAAGUCUAAACGUAUCUGCAAAGACUUGUUCAAAGCGCGUUGGAACAUCCAAGUAUUUGAGCGCCGGAGCCGCAAGAGAGGUCGAGAACUCCAUGGCUACCAAAGGAGAGCUGUGCUUCAUCUUCUCGUCGAUCUUCAUCCUGGGAUUUUCUCGAGCGGAACUGUACUACAGGAAUUUCACCAGUGAAGUAAAUGGUCCCCUGUAUCCGCUUGAUCCAUCCGGCUUGAGUGGCCGCUACACUGAUUUAUGGUCCAACUACACCGACACGGACAUGAGCUUCCAGGUGUGGAUGCUGAGCUAUGACGCCACAACACCAAGAUCGUUCUUCCUGGCACUGGUUGGAAUUCGCAAUCCAAGUAAGCUCUGGGACCUCACAAAACCGGUCGUUCUGUGGAAGGCCCGUCAGACGAGGCUUGUAGGAGAGAAUGCCACUCUAGCAUUCACCACCGAUGGAGAGCUCAAGCUUGAAGAAGAUGGCGACGUUGUCUGGUCCUCCAACACCACAAACAAAGGCGUCCGGUGGCUUGCCAUAUCCGACAGCGCGACCAUAAUGCUCCUGGAUGAAAGUGAAAGCAAUGUCAUCUGGCAAAGUAGCGACGAACCUUCUGACACUGUGCUGUUGCAACGAGCGCUUAAGCCGGGAUAUAAGCUCGUAAGUUGGAAUACUUCAGAAGACAGCAGCGACGGCCUGUAUAGCCUUGUCAUGGAGAAGAACAGGCUCAAACUGCUAUACGACUCGCAACCAUACUGGAGCUUCGGUAAUAUUACAAGAGAGGAAGAUAUGUUUGCGGUCUUCUGCUGGCAGCCAAAUGGAGUCGUGUCCCUGGAUCUCCGAACUAAUUUCUCACAGAUAGAAGGUGCGGGCUUGGUACAGCCGGAGUCUUGUGCCAUACCUGGUUCUGAAGACCAAGCGAUGCAGCUGCCAAUAAACGGGUCACAGUUCACGUCCUCCACUUUCAUAAGGCUCACACCAGAUGGAGAUGUGGACCUGUACUCCUGGAAUUGGACGGGUAGCAACUGGGUGACUUAUCUCAGCUUUUCCAAUCACUUCAAGUGCUUCCUUCCAAGUGCAUGCGGGAAAUAUAGAACCUGUAAUCCAACAUUAGGUACAUGCGAAGAUACUUGUCCCGAGAGCUUUACCAAGAAAGAUGAAGAUUGCCAGCCAUCGUUUCCACUUCAGAUGUGUGAGGAGGAGAUGGAGUAUCGAUUCGUUCGGAAGGAGGGAACUGAUUACUUCUCCACAAAUUAUACUGAUCCACUCAAUGUUGCAUCGGAAGAAGAUUGUCAAGGGUUGUGUGAGUCGAAUUGCAACUGCACGGCUGCCUUCUAUAGUGACCGGGCCUGCUUUCUCGUGCAUGGAGACGUGCAAUCACUUCGAACUGGAAAAUACGUUGCGUUAUUGAAAGUUGCACAGCCACGAAAGAAUUCCAGGAAGCACGUCCAGGCCAUCACCUUGGGAGUACUUAUUCCAACAGUCGUCCUACUGAUAGUAAGCCUCGGAUGGCGCUGCCGGAGGAACAAGGAAGAUGACGACGAGGGAGAAGAAGAAAGCACCUUGCAGCUCUCUCUCAUGGCUGGCAUGCCGAGGCGUUUUAGUUACCAGGAGCUCCAGCAAGUCACAGGGAACUUCAGUGAUAGACUGGGAAGCGGAGGAUAUGGAAGCGUGUUCAAAGGAAAACUUACCGAUGGAACUGAAGUCGCUGUGAAGAAACUCGAAGGCUCCAACCAGAGGAGCAAAGACUUUUUCGCCGAAGUUGGAAUCCUAGCCAGGACGCACCACUGGAACCUCGUCAAGCUGCUGGGAUUCUGUGCCCAAGGUCCCAGGAAAAGGCUCCUUGUGUACGAAUAUAUGAAGAACGGGUCCCUGGAGCGAUGGAUAUUUGAAGACGAUAGAAAGCCUGGCAGUUUUACAUGGGACGUUAGAUACAACAUUGCCUUGGGCACAGCAAGAGGAUUGAGUUACUUACAUGACGACUGCGCUGAGAGGAUCAUCCACCUGGACCUGAAGCCGGAGAAUGUGCUCGUCGACGAUGGUUUCCAGCCGAAGAUAGCCGACUUCGGAUUGUCCAAGCUCAUGGACAGGAAGGAAAGCCAGCUACAACUGACAAUUGCGAGAGGCACCCCUGGAUACGUCGCACCCGAGUGUGUUCAGGAAGGAACGGUGACUGAGAAAACCGACGUUUUCGGCUACGGGGUACUGCUGCUCGAGAUGUUAACAGGUUGCAAGAACAGGAACCUCUCAAGUGAUUACCUGAAGGACUUCUUGUUAGUCAGUGGACAGAACGACAGUGCUGCUGCUCACCUCCAUCAAGACGAGAAGAAAAGAGAAAGAUUGAAGAACGUUGCAGCCUUGUGCGUCCAAGACGAUCCAGAUUUACGGCCCUCGAUGAGCAACGUGGUACAAAUGAUACUGGGAGUUACUGAGCUGCCUCAAAUGCCCUCGCGAUCACAGCUGAAUUUCUUUCUUGCUUACAGAUCCAAAGAGCACUUGAACAGGAGCUCAGGCUCGGACGUCUCGCAUAGGAGUUUUGAUAAGUUGCUGGAUUCAUCGAUGUCAUCGACGUCAUUUGCAAUUUUCUCACAAAAUAGUGGUCGAUAGUUAAA